UCCUCUUCCCGGAAACUGCUAAUCACGUCAUUCCACAGCUGUGCAAACCUAGCAGCCUCACUUCUCCUAUUUGCAUUGACCUUCAGAUGUUGACAGAAUAUGAGGGCAUGAAAGCAAAUAAAACACAGAGGGAGAGUGAUAAUAACCUUAUUGUUUUUCGAAUGGAAAAACCCUCUUCUUCUGGAUUUGUCAGAAGGCACCAGGCUAGGGUUUCCUACCUCACCGAGACGAUCAAAAGCACCUAUAAAGCCUCCAUACAAGGUAGAGAAUACAGAAUACCAAAUCUGAAGGUCCAAGAAGUUACAGAAUCUUAUAGAACCCAAAAUUGCUAUCACAAGAAAGCGCACCAUAAUAACUGGUGCCCACAGUGCAACAACAGCUCCAUAGUUGUUCCUAGCUGCACAGUAUAUAAGAUUAUUGUGUGUACCGUUAGGAAAGAAUUCGUGCCAAGCAUAAUCAACAUGGUGAAUGUUCAUUAUGUCCUGAGUGGGUUUGACCAG